ACUCCGGGCCAGUUGUCAAAGAACUCUUGUCUUGUGCUGUUGCUCCCGUGUUUGUUGUAUCAAUUUGUAUGUCAAUUAUCAAUUAACCCUCGUUGAAUGAUGGCUUGUUGAUUAUUAAAAAGCAGUGCUGCCGUGACUUUUGAUGUGCACUGCGUGAAUUAUGGCGGCGGGUGGCGAGGAGCUGUGGCGCGAGUGCGCGUCUUGGCUGACGAGAUGUGGCUUGCUACGUCCUGACCACAAGGCGAACUGGGAAACUAGCACGAUACACGACCUGGCGUAUACGUUGCGGGACGGCGUGCUGCUGUGCAACCUGCUGAACGUGCUGCAGCCGGGCUGCGUGGACAUGAAGGACGUCAACCAGCGCCCGCAAAUGGCCCAGUUCCUCUGCAUGAGGAACAUCAAAGUGUUCCUCAAAAUGUGCGACGAGGUGUUCGAGCUCCGUGAGACGGACCUCUUCGACCCCUCCAUGCUGUUCGACCUGUCGAACUUCCAUCGCGUCCUGUGCACGUUGGCGAAGCUGAGUCAAUGUCCCAAGGCACUCGCUAAGGGCAUCAAGCCUUUCUCGGCUCACAGGACACAGUCGGAGGAAGAUAUAUACAAAGAUUUGCAGUCCGUCGCUGUCUCGCUCGAGACGCCGAGGAGACUCGAGUGCCCGCACACGACCACGCCCGAAGUCCCCUGGGUCCAGUUCACGAUACCCAGCGCCUCCUGCGAGGACCGCGUCGAGGAGAUAUACGAGGACCUGUGCUACGUCAAGUUCACGUCGGCUUUACCUGAGCUCGCUACGUCAUCGCACAGCCUGGAGAAACGCGACUACGUGAUCAGAGAGCUGGUGGACACAGAGUGCAACUAUGUCGACGUCCUGAGCAAGAUCAUAAAGUACUUCCUGAGGCCGCUCACGCCCUAUCUGAAGGCGCAGGAUCUGCAGCUCAUCUUCUUUGGCAUCAAGGAACUCCACGACAUCCACUCCGGCUUGCUCCGUCAACUGAAGCUGGCCACGGAGGCCUGCGUGCCCGGUAACGGAGCCCCGCGGCUCGCCGACGUGUUCCUCACGUGGAGAGAGCGAUUGCUGCUCUACGGGGACUACUGUUCGAACCUGACCGCGGCGCAGGAUACGUUGAAGACCCUCGACGCAAGAGACGCGACCUUUAGCAAGCAGUUACAGAAAUGUCAAAAGGAACACAGCGACGGCCGAAUCCAGCUCCGCGAUAUACUCUCCGUGCCAAUGCAGCGAGUGCUCAAAUACCAUCUGUUGCUAGACAAGCUUGUCCACGAAACGCAACCGAACCACGAGGAGUUUCGAGGCCUGGAGCGAGCGAAGGAGGCGAUGGUCGACGUGGCGCAGUAUAUCAACGAGGUGAAGAGAGACAGCGAGGUUUUGGCGCUUCUUGCUAAAGUUCAGGAGAGCAUACUAGACUGGGACGGCGGCGCGCUCGGCGCGGGCGGCGCGGGGCUCGCAGCGUACGGACGCCUGCUGCUGGACGGGGAGCUCAAGGUCAAAGCCCACGAGGACCAGAAGCUGCGCUCGAGAUACGUGUUCGUCUUCGACAAGCUGAUGCUGCUCUGUAAGCCUGUCAAGGAGAACCAAUACUCCUACCGCGUUGGCGUCAAACUGGCCGAAUACCGAGUCCAAGAGGGCGCUGGUCGCCGCACGCUCAGAAACGACGGACGCUGGUCGUCGCAGUUCUACCUCGUGCGACGCACCAAGGACGCCACGUACACGCUGUACGCGCGCAGCGACGACUGCAAGCGGAAGUGGGUGAAGGCCAUCAAGGAUGCCAUCGACAACCUGGAGCCGGUCGGGUGCCGCAGCACCAACCACAAGUUCGUGCUGCACACCUUCGAGAAGCCGGCCACGUGCCACCACUGCUCCAAGUUCCUCAAGGGCCGGAUAUUCCAGGGUUACCUAUGUUCCGUAUGCAACGCGUGCGCACACAAGGAGUGCAUAGCGCUGUCCGGCCGCUGCGGGGGCGGGCUCACGCCGGCCCCGCCCCUCCCCCCGCACCACCAGCCGGACCAAGCGCUACACUACUACAUGUGGUACGUCGGAGAGAUGGGUCGGGAGACCGCAACCAAUCGGCUGGAGCGGCGAGUCGACGGCACCUUCUUACUGAGGGUUCGCCCUCACCCCACGCAUCACGCGGACACCGACACUCAGCUAGCUCUCUCACUCAAAACGGACAACACGGUAAAACACAUGCGAGUAUGCCGCAAGCCCAUCGACCAGGUGCCGCACUAUUUCCUCUCCGAGUCUCGCUUCUUCCGGAGCGUGGUCGAGCUGAUCUCCUACUACGAGAAGACCAGCCUCUCGGAGAACUUCGUCGGUCUCAACUCGAAUCUCCGCUGGCCGUUCCGGCGCGUGGUCGCCACGGUGGUGCACGACUUCCGUCCGCUGGAGUCUUCGCAGCUGGCGCUCCGGCCCGGCGCCAAGGUGCUGGUGCUGAGCAAGGAGGGCGACAGCCGCGGCUGGUGGAAGGGCCGCACGCUCGACAAGGGCGACAACCGCUCCGGCUACUUUCCUAAGGAGUGUGUACGCGAGGAGCCCGAGUGUAUCGGCGCGCUCGACUGAUGUCAGCAGUGCCUCGCCGAGCGCGCCGCGCCCGCGCGAGCUUCCGACGACGACGCCGCCGACCUCGUGUAGUCUACUUACACUACCUUCGAUGUUAUGCGAGCCUGGUACUUGCGUGCGCAAUGUAUUGCUUUUACAGUGAUACGGUGACCUUGGUAAACUUAUGCGAGUGACCUACUCGUAAUUGAGUUGGACGGCCGUUGCGCUUUCCUGCGUCUAGAUUAUUUAGAUGAUUACAUUCGAAGUCAUGUCAGCCUGGUACGUGCAUGCUGAUAUUGCUAUUUUCAGUAAGGUGGCAACGGCCACGACGCAACAACGCUUUCAAUAAGAAAACUUGCGUCUAGAUGACUACCAUCGAAGUUAUGAGAGCCUGGUACUUGCGUGCGCCAGUUAUUGCGUUACAGUGAGGUGACCUUUGUUAAACGUAUGCUAGUGUAAUUUAGGAUGAUAUUCUAUCCGUCCAAGAUGUAUUGCGUCUCACAUUUUGCUUAAUGAGGGAGUGGGACGCAAUGACAUUGGACAAAGAAAUUGGAAGGUGGAAUACCACCCUUAGUAGGAUGGCCGUUGCUCUUUUCCAUAACUGACACGUAACUAUAAAAUGUAAAGUAUAGUUUGGCAAGCCAUUUCCGUCAUCUACUGACUCAAAUACCAAAGGUGCAUACGUUUACGAAGAAUGACUAGCACUACCGCAUAUAACAGUCGGUGGGCUAGUUGCGCGUUGAUUUUCUUGCAGAAGGUCGCCGAGUUUAAAAAUUUAAACUAGUUUAUAUACUUCUAUCGGAGCUUUCCAUAACUUCAUUCCAACCGUCUGUGUUAACGGUAGAUAAAGAAGGCUUCAGUGGAUUUGUCCGACUCGUGUAGAAAAAGGUGGGCUUAAGAAUCGGCGGAUCCCACACAACUGAUGAACACUAGACUUAAAACAUGACCCGUAGUCAAGUUUUAAAAUGGUACCUUACGUGUUAUAUAAUUAUGUGUUUCGGAGCAACAGCACAUGAAUGAAAUAAAUGUUAAUAAUAACUUGUACGUUAAGUGUAAUGUGUAAUUACACGUAUAGUGUGAAUAUGAAGAAUAAGGGCUCAUCUAGAUGGCGCGCGAACACAUGCGAUUUUAGUUACAUUGCGGAUCAUUGAGGUUACGCCAACUCAAUCGACCGAUCAAAUAACGCAUUGUAUUGAAACUCGUAUGCGAGCUCUCGCACCGAGCUCUCGCACCGAGCCCUAAUAGGUGCAAAGAGUAAUUUUUGACUGUAUUCCUUUACGCAAGUUUGAAAUUGGAGUAUUGUCAUGAUUACCAAAGACUGUUCAUCUUCAUAUAAAGUUGCGUCAAUAAUUUCGCUUCUUUUUAAGUGCGCGCAAAACGAGUAUCCUCCAAAGGCCUACCUACUGUAUCAAAAAUAUCCUGAUGAAAAAUCAAUAUCGUAGGAAAUAUUGUUGUACAUAUAUCUUUUGUUUUGAAUGACAAAACAAAAGAAAUAAAACUCCGUUCCAAUUGAAAACGGUUUAUUUUUUAUUGAAGUACAGUGUAAAAAUAUGUCCCAUGGCUCUCAUGUUAGUGAAUUAAGAACUAUGAUACAUAUUUUUCCACUAGACUGUACUACAACUACCACAGGUAGGACCCUGGCCGUGGGCCUUACGAGGGCAUAUUAGAACAGUCUUUACUUGACUUAUUUGCGUAACGUAGCUCGUAUGAAGAUAAACAAUCUUUACUAUGUAGCAGUCUCUGAUAACAAUAUCAGGCCUAAAAUACUGAUGAAAUCAAAUUCUAAAUAUGUUUAAAUAAUGUUAACAUAAUGAAAUCUCAAAAAUCUUAAAAUAUACAAUGCUUGUUAGUGUAAAGUUAUAUUUUUAAUGUGUACCUAGUGUAGAUAAGUGUGUAUACAUAGAAUAGUUUUAUUGAACUAUUUAAUUUAGUGUGUAAAUCGGUCUCUGAUUUUUUAAUGUUGUUUUUGCACUUAGGGAUGUGUUUCAAUGGUGCGUAUACAUGCUUUAAAUAUUAGUGUAUAAGACGCGUGGUUCUGUAGGUAUGAGCGGUUGGCAUGGAAAUAUGUUUUACCGUAAAAGUUGGCAACGAUUGGUGGAUAAGAUAUAUAAAUCAUUUUCUAAUAAAAAAAACCGGGCAAGUGCGAGUCGGACUCGCGCACGAAGGGUUCCGUACCAUAAUGCAAAAAAAAAACGAAAAAGAGCAAAAGAAAAACGGUCACCCAUCCAAGUACUGACCCCUCCCGACGUUGCUUAACUUUGGUCAAAAAUCACGUUUGUUGUAUGGGAGCCCCAUUUAAAUCUUUAUUGUAUUCUGUUUUUAGUAUUUGUUGUUAUAGCGGCAACAGAAAUACAUCAUCUGUGAAAAUUUCAACUGUCUAGCUAUCACGGUUCGUGAGAUACAGCCUGGUGACAGACGGACGGACGGACGGACGGACGGACGGACGGACGGACGGACGGACGGACAGCGAAGUCUUAGUAAUAGGGUCCCGUUUUACCCUUUGGGUACGGAACCCUAAAAACGAGUUAGGUAGACUCCGACCUAUAGGUACUAACUAACUUUGCAUGCCCAUGUGUCAACUUUCUAUGAAAUAUGACUUUAUCAAUGAAAACUCUUCACUUUGUUUUAUGCAAGUCGGUCCAAAGUAAGGUUACUCGGGCUCUAUAGCCUCACAAGCUCAAAGCCUCGAUAGCCUAAAGUCACAUAGAAAGUAUUGAUUUCCUGGACUUAACACAUGUACAAAAGGAUAGCAUUUAUAAUAUAGAUUUUCAAGUAAACAUGGAUUUGACGUGCGCUAAUUUUAAUUUAAAUAAAAUACAAAUUGCCCUUCCAAACCUAAAUAAAUAUACUUGAAAUAACAGAAAUUAAAAUAUUAAAAUAUUUUCUAUAAAUUAUUUAAUUUUUUUCUUAAAAUUCCUCUUCCCAUGCCAACUGCUGUGGGGUGAGCGGGUAGUCCUGGUGUUGCAAACUCCCAUUAUAAUAAAGGCCUGUGCUGUGCACACCGGACGCGUGACUUAAU